AUGAGUCGACAUUUAACUGCUGCUUUUUGUUUGGCUUUAGUUUUUCUUCCUCUGUUGGGAAGUUCAUGUCCUGCACAAUGCAGCUGCUUCUUCCACAAAUUAAGCGACGGGUCCAAAGCGAGGAGUGUGCUUUGUAAUGAUCCAGAAAUCACAGUGGUCCCCCCAAAUUUCCCCACUGACACAUCAAAGCUUCGUAUCGAGAAAACAGCAAUCACAAGGAUUUCUAGCGACAACUUCCACUACCUCAAUAACCUGGAGUUCCUCUGGAUGUCUUUCAAUUCACUGAAUUCACUGAAUGUUGACAGUUUCCGGGGUCUUUAUAACCUGGAUGAGCUCAGGCUGGACGGAAACACUCUCACCUCCUUCCCCUGGGAGUCUCUGACUGAUAUGCCAAACUUGAGGCUCCUCGACUUGCACAACAACAAGAUUUCCACCAUCCCUGUUGAAGCCACUGUGUAUAUUAAGAAUAUCACCUAUCUUGACUUAUCCAGCAACAGUCUGACAACAGUUCCUGCUGAAGUUCUCACAAUGUGGCUGAGUGUGAAGCCAUCCCAGGACAGUGAUUCCUCCAAACUAAUUCUUGGCCUCCAUGACAAUCCGUGGCUGUGCGACUGCCGGCUGUAUGAUCUGGUUCAAUUUCAGAAGUCCCCAUCAUCAUCCGUGGCCCUAAUCGACACCAGACUUAGGUGCGCUGAUCCGGAGAGCUUGUCAGGGGUUCUUUUCACUGAGGCAGAGCUGCAGAGGUGCCAGGGCCCUCGGGUGCACACAGCCGUGGCUCGUGUUCGGAGCUCACUGGGCAACAAUGUUUUGCUCCGCUGUGGCACAGUUGGAGUCCCCAUCCCCGAGCUGUCCUGGAGCCGGGCUGAUGGCAAGAAAAUAAAUGGCACUGUUCAGGAAGAGAUUUCAAAGGAGGGCAUCAUUUGGUCAAUCCUGAGUGUGCCUGCAGUCUCCUACCGUGACUCUGGGAAAUAUGUGUGCAAAGCAACCAAUUUUGUGGGCACUGCUGAUGCCAUCAUCUCCUUGGUGAUCACAGAUUCCUUUCGGUCAGAGGAGACAGGUGGUGGCGUUUCUAAGAGGAACAGGGGGAAGAAACCUGGUAGCAUUGGAAGAGCAGCAUACCAGGAGAAACUAAUUGCCAGAUAUGUUCCUCCACCAACAACCACAGCUGGACAGCCCAUUAUCGAACCUCUCAAUGGCAAAGGCGUGACUGGGAAGUAUGAGAUUGAGAGCUACAGCAUCUCUGACGGUGCUUCUCAGGGACGAGGCAAGGUUUCAGACCCCCAGAAGUCAGUGGAGGUGGAGCAGGAUGCUUUGGGUAACUUGGCAGCCAAUGCCUCGUCCUUGCAGCAAGCUCCAGAGAAAAGGGUAGUGCGCUCAGUGAAGGUGAUUGGCGACACCGACCAUACUGUCUCCCUGAACUGGCGAGCCCCCACAGCCACAAACACCACAGAAUUCAGUGUCCUAUAUGCUAUAUUUGGUGAGAGAGACAUGCGUCGGAUCAACGUGGGUGCCGGAAAAAACCGAAUCACCAUUGACGGCCUUGUGCCAAAAACAAAGUACAUCGCUUGUGUUUGCGUCAAAGGCCUGAUCCCAAAAAAGGAGCAGUGUGUAAUCUUCUCAACAGACGAGGCAGCCAGUGCCAGUGGCACUCAGAAGCUUAUUAAUGUGGUGGUGAUAACGGUGGCAUGCGUGAUUGCUGUCCCCCUGACACUGAUUGUGUGUUGCGGGGCCAUAAAGAAACGCUGCCAAAAGCUGCUUGGGCGGCAGUCCAAGGAGAUGCAGGACUCCUAUGUCACGUUUGAGACCCUCGGCCCUGGGACCAAAGCUAAAGGGAUGGAGGGCGAGUAUCUGACCAGGCUAAACCCUGAUGAAUCCAACAGGCUGCUCUCAGCAAGGUCCAGUGUUGACUCAGAGGCCACAGCCAGGACUGAGGGGCCACCAAACGAGUACUUCUGCUAAAACCAAAGGUAUGCCUCAACUUCCAGAGGAUGCACUUUGUUUUCUAACAGCCUGUGAUGUGAAUAGAUAAGCCGCAGUGCUCAGAGACUCAAAAGACUCAAAUGAUCCUCUUUCAAGGGUCUUCACUGAUAGCUCUGUCAGCAUUGGAUGUACUACAUUAUUUUACAGCCUUGUGGGAAUAAAAACCACCAUUCAUUUGGUGGCCAGCAAAAAAGGGAAUAUACGCAACAAUGGUUUCAAUAUUUACAUGUGGUGUAAAUGUGUAUAAUUUUUUUUUAUUGAUCAUGCACUUUUAAAGUUGAUGUUUUGCAGAGAGAAAUGUCUUGAAAUGUUGCCCUAAACUGUCUAAAACCCAAUACAUGUUUUUCCAAGAUGUAACCUCUGCAUUGUGUUAAAAUCUUUAAUCUUUAUUUAAAACAUAGCCUGAAGUAUUUAGAGGAAUGAACCAGCAGUUAUUAGUCUAUUUUGUAUGUCAGUAUGAUGUUAAUGUGCCAGGUUUAUUGUUGGGUCAAAAACCUAAAAUACAGUA